CAAACGUUCGGAGAUUCUAAUAAGAAAAAACGGAAAUACGCAUUAUAGAUGAGUAUCAUUGGGAAAAUAAAUGAUUUAUAUAUUCUAUGUAGGACGGUCUCAUUUUAAACAUAGAGUGAGAGGUUCAUACUGUUUUUGUCUUACGCUAGUACUAGCACCCAAAAGAAAGAGAUAAGUAUAAUUUCCUGGUUCUUACUGUUGAGAAGUUGUUUACCAAACUAUUGUAAGAUAUGAAACGAAUAUAAAAUAAAUUAAAAACGAACUUAAUUCUUUAAAAAACAUUUAAAAAAACUAAGCACCACUCUAGAUCUGAAACAAAACUGUAGCGUUUGCCAAGUCCGAACGUCUGUUAUUAGUCUUGACGUUUGCGAAUGACAUAUGAUCUGACAAUGACACGACACGACCAUUAACUACUAACACAAUUUAGCUCUUCGCGGCGUUGGUAAACGAUUCCGUGUAUCACUUUAUUGUUGUACAGUGUGGUAGUUACUAUCGCCUUUCAGUUUGCGGGAUACAGUGAUGGAGGAAGUGCGCGUAAAGGAGGAGUCCGUGGACAUGGAGGUUGCGGACCUAAAACAGGAGCCCCCGGACAUAGAGGCUGUGGGCCUUAGACAGGAGCCCCCAGACAUGGAUGCUGCGGGCCUAAAACAGGAGCCUACGGACAUGGAUGCUGCAGGCCUAAAACAGGAGUCCCUGGAGGAAGCAGAGGCAGGGAAUGGAGUGCUACCAUGUGAUCUGGUGUUUAUGGAACAUAUUUGCAUCAAGGUCGAAGCGGAGUUCGUAGGGGAGAAGCGGGAGGAGGGCGAGGGGACAUGCGAGAGCGGGACGGCACCAGCUUGCGGAAACGAGACAGAAGAAAAGGAGCAACACCAAGAUGAAGGACUAGCGACGGCACGCGAGACACAAGCCCCGGGCAGUGCAGAGCCACAAAAAAUAGAGAACCCAUACUCGUGCGAUAUAUGUAAAAAGGAAUUUCCACAAUUAGGCGCCUUAACUAAGCAUAAACGAAUUCACGCCGAAAAAACAUACCAGUGCAAAACGUGUGACAUGCGGUUCAGACUGCUAAGUAUAUUACAAGCACAUGAACGGCGUCAUAGAGGCGAGAAACCUUACGACUGUAAAACAUGCCAAAAGCGCUUCUCGACAACGUACGAUUUGAAGAAACACGAGUUAAUUCAUUCUGGCGAAAAGCCUUACUCCUGUGACGUAUGUAAAAAGCAAUUUAGACAACUUCAUUCAUUGAAUUUACACAAACAAAAUCAUACAAGCAAACCGUAUUUCUGCGAAAUAUGUUAUAAGAACUUCACAGAUUUAGAUGUUUUGAAAGAGCAUGAACGAAUACAUACAAAAGAAAAGCGAUUUUCUUGCGAUGUAUGUGAGAAAGCUUUCAGGAAUUCGUCAGCAUUGAAUGAUCACAAAAGAACACACACAGGUGAGAAGCCUUAUCCAUGUGGCACGUGUGAAAAAGAGUUUGCGAAAUUGCAGGAUUUAAAAACACAUGAACGUAUCCACACCGGGGAAAGGCCUUACUCCUGCGAAACGUGUGAAAAGAGCUUCAAACAGUGGAAUCAAUUAAAAGUACACAAACGAUCCCACACAGGCGAGAGGCCUUACCCUUGUGGUACAUGCGAUAAGCGAUUUGCGCAAUUGAGCCAUUUGAAGGCUCACGAACGUCGUCACAGAGGCGAAAAACCUCAUGCCUGUAAAACAUGUCAAAAGCGCUUUUCGGAAUUGUACGAUUUGCAGAAACACGAGCUGAUUCAUACUGGCGAGAAGCCUUUUUCAUGUGACGUAUGUGAAAAGCGAUUCAGACAAACGAGUUCGUUGAAUCUACAUAAGCAAAUUCACACUAGACAAGCGUAUCGCUGCGACAAGUGCAUUAGGGUGUUCACAGAAUUGGAUGAUUUGAAGAAUCAUGCACAAGUACAUUCGAAAGACAGACGAUUUCCUUGCGAUGUUUGCGGAAAGGAGUUCAAGAUACCGUCUCUAUUAAACAAGCACGUAAGAACACACACCGGUGAGAAACCUUAUCCCUGUGGCACGUGUGAAAAAACAUAUGCGAAAUUGGCGAGUUUAAAGAAACAUGAGCUUACACACACCGAAUAGGGUUUACAAUGUAAAUGUAUUACAGUAGCUCGAUAUGAUUGCCAUUUGAUAAUGAAGCAAUGAAGUCCUCUGCAGUUGCAGGCGUACAUAGGCUACGGAGACUGCUUACCAUCAGGCGGGCCGUAUGCUUGUUUGCCACCGACGUAGUAUAAAAAAAUCCACAAUUAAAUAAUGAUGUAAAUACAAAAACAAAUGAUAGCGAUAGAUUUAAGUUUUGUAAAUAUAGUUGUAAGGUUAUUUGAUUUCUUUGUAUAAUAGACUCGUUAGUGGUACAGUCAAAAGAUUUAAUUUGUGACGAAUUUCGUAUUCGUACCUUGUUACAGUGACAAACAACACGAAAGUCGCUAUAGUAUUUGCAUUCCUAUUUGCAUUAUUUGACACAUGUCACUCAACAGCACUAUAACGUAAAAUGUCUUCUACAUCGAAAUCACAAAGGAAGACAAUUGCACUGCGAACGUUUACGUACUACGUCUUUUUUUUUACUUUAGGGUUGGCCGGACACCACCGUUAUGAAUUUGUAGUUGUCUAAGUAAAUCGAUAUGAAUUUUUCAUUUUAGGUCGCAACGAUGAAUUAUUCAAUUUAUUAUAUUUUCUUAAACAUUAUUUCUUACAAAAAAAUGUAUCUAAAAACUGUUUUAACACACGUCUAGAAAAAAACGUAAACUAGUUAUAUUUAUUUUAGGAAUACGUAGUGUAUCGAUUUCUAAACGAUCCGGUUGACGUUUGAAAAUAACAUGUUGUAUUGGUGCAGUUCAUCGUAGCUUUAUUUAAAUCUCAAAUAAAAUUCAUUAAAAGUCCCAAUUCGAUACCUUAGUCUAGGUGCUAUCCAAUCGUAAUCGCUUACUGUUUCAAUCGAUUUGGGUUAGUUCCAUCUCUAUAAACGUCAGUUACAAUGUGUCAAAUACCGCAAAUAGGAAUGACUCCACCGACCACUGUCUAUGACCGUAAUAAGAUUCAUAUACUAGCCGUGUCUUAUCCGACCUCGACAUUGGCAGAAUCAUCAACACCUUGAUGGAGCCAUAACACGAAAAAUUGAUUGAAAUACUAUAGAGACCUCGUCAUCAUACUAUUGUCACAGAGACAAGGUACGAAAUGGGUCACAAAUCCUCCUCCCUGGGUCCUCUGAAGUUGUGAACUCUUGUAGUGUGAAUCAAUUUAAAAACAAUCUUGACAGACUAUCUAAGCAGUGAAAUCGUGCUAAGUGAACUCUGAUUUAGACGUACCAGCAUCAGCUGCCGGUCUAAAAC